AUGAUCAGUAGACCCUCUCCAAGAGAACCUCUGACCACCAUGACUGAUUUGCUGAGGAUGGACAGCGAUGGAGGUCAUAAGACUGAGAAGAUAUUCAACAUUACUAUGGAGAUCAUCACGCUGCUGACCGGGGAGGACUGUACAGUGGUGAAGAAGGCAUCUGGAGAAAAUGUGAUGCCAAGCAGUUGCCCCCAAGUUUCAGGAGACAAAUCCAAGAACCAUAAAAAGAAGAUCCUCGGGGUCACCAACAAGAUCAUUGAGCUCCUGACAGGAGAGGAGACGGAGUACUCAGAAGAAGAAGAGGAUUGGGAAGAGGAUGAGGUAGAAGAAGAGAAUCCACCAUUUCCUAAAUCACUGUAUGGAUCCAGUGAUGGGAACUCACCAGAGAGAUGUCCCCAUCCUCUGUAUUCCUGGGAUUCAUCACAGCAACAUGCCAACCUCCCUUACCAUGUUCAGGCAGAAAACCCGAGAGACAUGAAUAUUAUUGUUAAGGAAGAAGAAGAAGAGGAGGAGAUCACAGUUCCCCUUACGAUGAAAGAAGAGGAAACAGACUGUGACAUGGAGGAGGACGACAAUGAGCUUGCAGAAGACUCUCCAGAGGAACCCUCCAACCCUGAAGAAUGGUUUUCCGACAGUGGUGAUGCUACCACCCCUGACACAGCAUACAGCGGUGACAGGUUAUUUCCAUGCUACCAGUGUAGUAAAUGUUUCACCAGGAAGUCGAGCCUUAUCCGGCAUCAGAGAAUUCACACGGGCGAAAAGCCAUUUCCCUGCUCUGAGUGUCAUAAACGUUUCACACGCAAAGCCACUCUUCUGGAGCACAUGAGGGUUCACACAGGAGGGAAGCCAUUUGUGUGUGCAGCGUGUGGGGAAGGCUAUGCGCAGAAUUCAGAACUCAUCGCCCACAAGAAGACGCACGCAGAAGACAAGCCACUGACAUGCAUGGACUGUGGGAAAUGUUUCCAGCAGAAGUCCGAUCUUGCUGUCCAUCGGAGGAUCCACAGGGCCAAGACAACUUUUACAUGUUCCGACUGUGGCAAAGGGUUCAUCCAAAAGUCUGUGCUCGUCAUUCACCAAAGAACUCACACAGGCGAGAGGCCUUAUUCCUGCAACGAGUGCGGCAAAAGUUUCACACAGAAGUCAGACCUAGUUGUCCACCGGAGGACCCAUACAGGAGAACGGCCCUUUAUGUGUGUUGAGUGCGGGAAGAGCUUCACACAGAAGUCAACGUUAGUUAUCCACCAGAGGAUCCACCGGGGGGAAAAACCAUUUACCUGUGGGGAGUGUGGAAGACGGUUUACUCAGAAGUCCACUCUGGUGACCCACCAAAAGCUUCAUACACCAUUGAAGUUGUUACAUUGCUUUUCCAGAAAUCCACAGUAG